ACGUCGUAUCGAUCAAGGGGGGGGGACUGUAUCGCGCCGCGGCGGUGGAUCCACUCCGGGCGGUCGUGCUGCGGCUGUAUAAAGCAGGCGCGUCUGCGCGUGCGGUUCAAACGUGACUCCUCCGCGCGGCGCUUCUGUCUCCUGCUCGGUGGAUUAUGAGGACGCGUCUGCAAGAAGUUAACUUCUGCGCUGUCUGACUCCCAAACGCCGCCACGGGACGCUUUCACGGAAGAGCGAACAUUUGACCUGAACUCGUGAGAAGAUGGAGAACCAGGAGGACUCUAAGAGCAGUUCGGUCAGCGUCCUCAGCUGGGAGCAGGUGAGCCGGCUCAACGAGGUGCUGACGGAGGUGGUGCCCGUCCACGGGCGGGGUAACUUCCCCACUUUGGAGGUGCGGCUGAAGGACAUCGUGGCCCGGGUGCGCUCCCGCCUGGAGCGCAGCGGCAUCGCGGUGAAGGACGUCCGGCUCAACGGCUCCACGGCCAGCCACGUGCUGGUGCAGGACGUGGGCUGGAGCUACAAGGACCUGGACGUCAUCUUCAGGGUGGACUUGCCGCACGAGGCCGAGUUCAGGCUCAUCAAGGACGUGGUGCUGGGCACCCUGCUGGACUUCCUGCCCGAGGGCGUGAACAAGGAGAAGAUAACGCCCAUGACCCUCAAAGAGGCCUACGUCCAGAAGCUGGUGAAGGUCAACACGGAGCAGGACCGCUGGAGCCUCAUCUCCCUCUCCAACAACAACGGCCGCAACGUGGAGCUGAAGUUCGUGGACUCGAUACGCCGGCAGUUUGAGUUCAGCGUGGACUCCUUUCAGAUCGUGCUGGACUCCAUGCUCUCCUACUACGAGCUGGCACAGGCGCCCAUGUCGCCGGCGUUCCACCCGACGGUGAGCGGCGAGAGCGUGUAUGGCGACUUCGCCGCGGCGCUGGGCCACCUGAGCGGCAAGCUCAUCGCCACCAAGCGGCCCGAGGAGAUCCGCGGCGGCGGCCUGCUCAAGUACUGCAACCUGCUGGUGCGGGACUUCCGGCCCGCCAGCGAGGAGGAGCUCAAGGCCCUGGAGCGCUACAUGUGCUCCCGCUUCUUCAUCGACUUCCCCGACAUCGGCGAGCAGCAGCGCAAGGUGGAGGCCUACCUCCAGAGCCACUUCGUGGGCGAGGAGAAGAGCAAGUACGACUACCUCAUGAUCCUGCGGCGGGUGGUCAACGAGAGCACGGUGUGCCUCAUGGGCCACGAGCGGCGGCAGACCCUGCAGCUCAUCUCCGUGAUGGCCUUCCGCGUGCUGGCGGAGCAGAACGCCAUUCCCGACGCCUCCUGCGUCACCUGCUACUACCAGCCGGCGCCCUACGUCCGGGACCACAACUUCAGCAACUACUACGUGGCCAACCAGAACAUUCCCACGUGGCUGCCGUGUAACUGAGGCGCUGCCGCUUUCGGCCAGAGAGGAAUUAAAAAAAAAUAAAAAUUGCAAAAAAUAUUUCCCCCUCCCAUGAAUGAAAAGUGCUAAGGCGAAAGAUGCUUGGUGCCCCUCGAGGCGUAAUUAUAUAUUCAAGUGUUUUUGUUUCUGGAAUCUUUCUCAUUCCUCAUCUACGGGGUCGUCUGGGUCAUCGAAGAGAAAGAUAUUUUUAAGUGUUAACAUUAUUUCUUAUUUCUCAUCGCGUUUGUUUCCCUCUGUUACGGAGUUUUGUGCCUUAACCUCCAGGUGUUAAACACCCCCCCCCCCCCACACCCAGAUGAUGAAAGCGUGUACUAUGUUUUGCAAAAAAUAAGGGAAUAUCGUGUGAUGGCCUUAAAUUUGGUUUCCCCUUCCUGUGAUAAAAGAAAAUGUGAAAAGGCAGAAAAAAACUGUAAAAUAUUGAAAAAUAGUAUUAUUGGGGAAGAGGUAAUAUUUGAAGAAGGAAAAAAAAAAAAAAAAAGGUUGUUCACUGGUGACGGAGAAGGUGGCGCACUAAUGACUCAUGUCACAGUAUGAAGGGGGGGUCGGGGGGUGACGUGCACACAAGCCGUCGGUGCCUGUGACUUGUAAACAAAGCAAGAAAAUGUGCGUAUUUUUAUUUUCCCCGUCGCGGUGUCGGACAAACCGCCCUCACCGGUCUCCUCCCGGUCCUCCAGCGGACGAGACGGUUCGGCCCUCUGGGUGGGGGAGGGGCUGCAGACCGUCUGAGGCGUUUAUUUGUGGGUGGGUUUUUUUUUUUUUUUUUUUUUUUUUUUACGUCUCUGGCUGUUGUGCGACUGUACUGCGAGCGCGGAUCUGUUGGGACGCACGCUAGGCUGGACUCGCCCAGAGAGAGAGAGGGGGGGGCGAGCGAGCAGGCCGGGAGGGACUGUGGCCUUAAAAGGAGCAGCAGCACGUGUGUCGUCCCCCCCGCCGCCGUCAGGCUCGUCCCGUCUCUCAGAACCAUUGGCACUCAAACUACAGCCGGUCUAUAAUUAUCACCUGUUUUUUUUUGGGGGGGGGGGGGGGGUCACUUCCUGUCCUCUUCUAUCCUGCACAAGCGUUUAAACCCCUUUUGUGGGCAUGUUGAGAGCGCCACCAGUUUGAUUUCUUUCCCCCCCCCCCUAACCCAUCAGUAUCGGUUUCUAGCCGGCCGGCUAUCAGCUGCCGGCCCGGCGCUGCGAGCGGAACAUUCCAGCAGACGGCAGGUUGUCCGUCAGGACGGAGACCAGAAGUUCCGCCUGUGUUUAUGCGAGUGGCGAGAGUCUCUUCUCCCCCCUGCAGCACCAGCGUCUCUUAUCUGGCUGCCCCCCCCCCUCCUCCCCCUUUCCGCCUAGACACGGUGUUAAGUGGCCGGUCAGCGUGGCCUCCCCGCGGGUCACGACGCCAUACGGGGGGGGCGCCGUGCUGAACUUUGGUUUGAGUUGUUUCCGUUUCGUUUUUUUAAGCGAGGCGCUGUGGCUCCGGCCCGACGGCACCAGCAGCUCGAGGGCCUUUUUCUUUAGAGCGUUUGUUUUUUUUUUAACGGCGACUGAAGGAAGGACGUUCACGCCGCCGUUAUUAAAAAAACACCCACUUGGUUUUGUUUUCAGUCUCGUUGUCUGUUGUUGAAACUCGUCCUUCCUGUCUUUGUCUGACUCACCUUGUCUUUGAGCCACUGGCGGCCAUGUUGACCUCAGUCUGACCCAGCCCCCCCCCCCCCCCCCCCCCCCCUUUGCUGUAAUUGAAUGUACUGCUCAGCAUUUGUAGCUCCGGCACGAUUCGUUUAUGCCGACACUUUGGUCCCCAUCCAAAGCGAAACCUAGUGGUGCACUGACGUGGUGGGGGGGGUCAUCCAGCAGAGACCCCCGUACUAACGGAAGCACUUUAAGAGGCCUUGUUUUACUCCAAAAACCCACCCAGCUGGGACCGGAUGUAAAUACGCUAAUGUGGUUCUCAGGGACAUUGUGUGUGUGUGUCAUUUAUCUUUGAGGGCUUCGUUCUGCCCCCCUUCAUGUUGUCUCUUCCCCCUCGUCUUAUUGCCGUAGACGGCGUCUCGUGCUCAAACCGUCCUCAUCGCUCACUGGUUGGCGAUCAUGUGAUCAUGUAGAACAUUGGUUUAGUUUUUUUUUUAGGGAACAGCUGCACAGGAUAUCUAAUCAUUCCCCAGUUAGUUUUUUGCUCUGAGUGAUGAUGAAUCGGAGCACGUAGAAGUCUAGCCCCCCCCCCCCCCCCCCCCCCCCCUUUAUUCUUUCCACUGCGCGACAUCAGACGACGUAACCAAGCCCGACGCGGCGUUGGUGUGGAUGGCGGCGGUGGGAUGCGAGUCCUCUGCGCUGGGGGGUGUUUGCGGGGCUGAAUGAGCUGAAUCAUCGCGCAGAAACUCUUUGGUGAAAGAAUAAAGGACAAAGUGGAUUUUGCCUUUUUUUCCCCCCACUUUUCUUUUUACUCUGCUGUAAACUAUCAAUCCCGCCGCCUCUUCUCGCCUUCUGAUCGCCCGGCUUUGUUCAUCGUGCAGCGUGUUUUUCUUUUCUACACAGACGCCUGUAGAUGAUUCUUUACUGGGGGGCAGAGACACCGUUGGAUUAGAUAAUCGGUGAUGCUUCAUCAAAUCCUACACCUUCCUCUUCGUGUGUGUGUGUGUGUGUGUGUGUGUGUGUGUAAAGUUGGGGUAAAGAAUGAAAUGUGUCACAUUACAUAUAAUGUAUAUUUUUGAACUGGUUGAUGCUUUUCUGUCGGCUUUGAUUGUGACUACGAGUUUGAUGGUUGCAGCAUGAUACGAUUUCCUUUUUCAGGACUUUUACCUCACUUGAGUUUUUUUUUUCCUUUUUUGGAUGGAAAUGUACAUCAGGACAAACCAUGAAUAAAGAAUUAAAUGCAA